AUGCCAGAGGCGUGCUUUCUGUGCCUGGACUCCACGGAGUUUAUGCGCAACGGCGAUCAAUUUCCCAGUCGGUUCCUCGGUGUGCAGGAGGCCGCUAGCCUGCUGUCCAACGCAAAGAUUCAGAUGAAUGCGGAAAACACUGUGGGAUUCCUGACACUUGGGGGUAAUGCGUGCACCGUCUUUGAGACGCUCACGCUGGACGUGGAGCGCGUCAUGUGCAGUCUUGCAAAUAUUUCCAUCCGAGGCAAACGUUGCCACUUUUCACAGGGGCUCCAAAUAGCUUCUUUGGCGUUGAGUCACCGAACAAACCCCCGGGCGGAAAAACGCAUCGUCGCCUUCAUCGGCACCCCACUCAGUGAAACGGACGAGGAGCUGGAAAAGUUGGCGCGAAAGCUCCGAAAAGAUGAUGUGGCAGUUGACAUAGUGGGGAUUUGUGUGGAGGCAAAUGUUCCUCGGCUCUCGGCAUUUGUUGAGAAGUUGAAUAAAAAUGGCAACUCCCGCUUUCUUAACAUUCCAGCUGGUGCCAACCUCACAGACUCACUGAUGUCCAGCUCCAUUUUGCUUGGCGCUGACAGCGGUGGCGGCGCAAACGAGACCCAGGAUACGUACCAGGGUUUUGGCGUAGACCCUUCCAACGACCCCGAUCUUGCCAUGGCCAUUCGCAUGUCGUUGGAGGAGGAGCAACAACGGCAGGCCGCUGCGGCCACAAUAGCGGCGUCCCAAAGCACGGCCCCCGUCAGUACAGCGACGCGGACGGACGUCCCGCCGCCUUCUGCCGAGCCAGAAAAUUUGGAGAACAUGUCUGAAGAAGAAAUGCUUGCACGUGCGUUGAAAAUGUCGUUGGAGGAGGCACAAAAGGCGGCAAACACGGCGGUCAAAUCCGAAGAAGAGUCUUCUCUUCACGAGGCUGAAAAGGAGCCGGAGAGGCCGAAGCCGACCGAGAAGUCUUUUCAAUCAGCAGAAGAGGAUGAGCUACAUGAGAACGAAGAAAAGUCAUCAGGUGAGAAGCAACCGAGGAACAAAAAAUAA